AUGUCUAAGAGAGCUUACAUUAAUUUGCUGCCACUGUACAGUCUUUUUAUUUUCCUUACCUUUGCAGGUCUUGAAAUUGCCAAUGGGAAUCAUCAGAAGGAAUUUUACAUUGUCUUCUUGAGAGAUCAUCCAGUGACUGAGAGAUUGACACUCAAGACACAUAUUGAUGUCCUUUCAUCCUUGAAGGAAAGUGAAAGUGAUGCCUCAGAGUCACUUGUUCAUAGCUACACAAGAAACUUCAAUGCAUUUGCAGCAAAACUGUCUGAAGAUGAAGCAACGGCAUUAUCUGAUAUGGAUGAAGUACUUUCAAUCUUCCCCAAUCGGUAUCACAAAUUACAUACCACUAAAUCGUGGGAAUUUAUUGGGCUAACUCCAUCAGCAAGAAGAAACUUUAAAGCGGAGAGCAACAUCAUAGUUGGUCUACUGGAUACAGGAAUAACUCCACAAUCUGAGAGCUUUAAAGAUGACGGGCUUGGCCCUCCACCAGCAAAAUGGAAAGGAAGUUGUGGAUCCUUCGCAAAUUUUUCAGGAUGCAACAACAAGCUUAUUGGAGCAAGGUACUUCAAGUUGGACAAACAGCAUGACCCAAACGACAUCCUAUCACCAAUAGAUGUGGAUGGCCAUGGAACUCACACAUCGUCUACUCUAGCGGGAAGUCUAGUUCCAAGUGCCAACCUUUACGGGCUUGCCAAAGGGACUGCACGUGGCGCAGUGCCCUCUGCUCGGGUGGCUAUGUACAAAGUCUGUUGGGUCACCUCAGGAUGUUCAGACAUGGACAUUCUAGCUGCAUUUGAUGCCGCCAUUAGUGAUGGAGUGGACAUUAUAUCUGUCUCGAUUGGUGGCCUUACAGGCAGGUACAACUCAGACUCCAUAGCAGUAGGAGCAUUUCAUGCAAUGAGAAAAGGGAUCCUCACAGUGGCCUCUGCUGGGAAUGAUGGACCCAACCAUGGAACUGUUUCGAAUCAUGCACCAUGGAUUUUCACUGUGGCAGCUAGUGGCAUUGACCGUCAGUUAAGGAGCAAAAUCGUGUUGGGAAAUGGACAAAUGGUAGCUGGAGUUGGAAUAAACACGUUUGAACCAAAGCAGAAGUUGUACCCUCUUGCUAGUGGGGUUGAUGUAGCCAAGAAUGCUGACAGUAAGGAUGAAUCAAGAUACUGUAGUAAAGAUGCAAUGGAUCCCAAAAAGGUGAAAGGAAAGCUUGUUUACUGCAAGCUAUCUUCUUGGGGUGCUGAUUCUGUAAUCAAAGGUCUGGAAGGGAUUGGCGCUGUUAUUGAGACUGAACAAUAUCUUGAUGUAGCCCAAAUCUUCAUGGCUCCUGCAACCAUAGUUAAUUCCAGCGCAGGGAAAAAAAUUGAUGAAUAUAUAAACUCAACCAGAUCACCAUCAGGGGUGAUAUACAAAUCUGAGGAAGUUAAAAUCCCAGCUCCAUUUAUUGCUUCAUUUUCUUCCCGGGGUCCUAAUCAAGGUUCACAACAUGUUCUCAAGCCUGACAUUGUAGCCCCUGGAAUUGAUAUCUUGGCAUCAUAUACUCCUUUGAAAUCACUUACCGGCUUGGAAGGUGAUACCCAGUAUUCAAAAUUCACCUUCAUGUCCGGCACAUCCAUGUCAUGUCCACACGUUGGUGGAACAGCAGCUUAUGUGAAGUCAUUCCACCCCAAAUGGUCUCCCGCUGCAAUCAAAUCUGCCAUCAUGACUACUGCAACACCACUGAGUUCUAAGGUGGACAAGGACGUUGAAUUCGCAUAUGGCUCUGGCCAACCAAACCCGACUAAAGCAGUUAGUCCUGGAUUAGUCUACGACAUGGAUGAUAUGUCAUAUAUUCAGUUCCUUUGCCACGAAGGUUAUAAUGAAUCAUCUAUGGGGAGUUUAAUUGGUCAUGUAUCAGUGAAUUGUUCCAAAUUGCUUCCUGCAAAUGGUGAAGAUGCUAUAAACUACCCUACAAUGCAACUUAUGCUGAGGACUGAUCAAGAGCCAACUGUAGGUGUUUUUAGGAGGAGGGUCACCAAUGUGGGCCAUUCUGACUCCGUCUACAAUGCCACCAUUAAGGCUCCGAAGGGAGUGAAGAUUACAGUGAAACCAGGGACUCUCUCCUUCACUCGCCCAUCACAGAAACGAAGCUUCAAAGUUAUAGUAAAGGCAAAUCCAAUGUCCAGUACACUCAUUUUAUCAGGUUCACUAACAUGGAAAAGCUCUCGAUACACUGUAAGAAGCCCAAUAGUUAUUCAUAACCCUUGGGCUGAUUAG